CUAAAAUAUGAAAAAAGGCCAAUACAUUAAGUUUAGAAAUGUGAUUGCAGUUUGACAACAUGGCGUGGAGCGUCAGUGUUCCUCAUAGGUACCCAAAAUCAAAACACCGCAGCGGAGAGUGAAGGGCUAGCUGAUAAUAUGGAAUCGCGGAUCAGUGCCUCGCGCAUCGGCUGAUCUGUAUUGCGCAACACGGUUAUCAGUGUGUGACAAUCGGUCGGUCGUGCGUGUAUGAAAAGUACUCAGAAAAAAUGGAAUUUAAAAAAAGUUUUACGAAUAAAGGCGUUCCAUGCAUCAUAAUUGAUGGUUUUAGAUAUCGGAAACAACGGGUUAUGGCCGACAACAGUAUUUCGUGGAGAUGCGUUUUUAAACAGUGCGGCGCGACAGUUCGCAGUAAUGCUAGUGAAACAGAGUUAGCCUCGGGAAGUUCAGUUGUGCAUCGCAAUCACGAUAAACUAGAUCAAAAACAAAUUGAUCAUGAUCACCUCAAAAAUACGUGCAAACGAAAAGCUUUAGAGGAUAUCGCACAAAGACCAUCAAAACUAGUAAGAUUGGAGCUAAGCAAAGAAGAAAAUGCUGAAGACAAAAGUGGUGUGAAAAAUGUAAAAAAAGGUAUUUAUAAUGCACGUCGUUCGGUUCUCCCCACGUUGCCAAAAUCUCGGGAAGAAACUUUGAUGCAAGUAUCUAGCCCACAUUUCGUAUGUCUGAGUAAUAAAGGGGAAAACUUUUGCUUUGUCAACAAACUUUUUCAAAUUAUUGUAUACACGUGCGCGACGAACUUGAAAUUUCUAUGUGAUAACUGUGAGCUGCUGCUAGCUGAUGGGACUUUUUUCGUGACUCCUAAAUUUUUUUAUCAAGUGUACAUUAUCCAUGCUUUUGUUAACGGACAUUAUAUUCAACUUGCCUACUGUAUUCUACCCUCUAAAGAAAUGAAGUGUUAUCAAAACAUGUGGAAUUUUAUAUUAACUUUGACGGAGGGAAAAUUCAAUCCCCGAAAAAUUUUAUUGGACUUUGAAUCUAGCGCGCACAUAGCUUUUAAGAGCGUGUUUCCAAACGCAACAAUCACAGGCUGCCGCUUUCAUUUGGGGCAGGCAUGGCAAAGGAAAUUAUCGAAACUGGGUCUUCAAAUGGAAUACCGUGACGCGAAAUCUCAAAUCGGUGAUUGGCUUAAGAUGUUUUAUGGAUUGCCUUUUUUACCACCCGAAUGGGUUCUUGAUGGAUACGUGAUACUAAAUAGCUGUUGUCCAAAUGAUCCUCGAGCACUAGAUUUUAGUAAGUACAUUUUGGACAACUACGUUUUACUAUGCUCCUUUCCCCCCGAAAUGUGGGCUGCGGCGCCUACAUCAACGGAUCCAAAGACGACAAAUGGAGCCGAGUCGUUCAAUGGCCAUUUUAGAAAAAAUUUUUCGAGUGCCCACCCGAAUAUUCAUAUUUUUUCCGAAGAACUAAAAAAAGUACAGUCCGAAUCAUACGUCAAUAUGCGUUCGGUUACAAAUCCGGCGAAAAGUGAUGCAAAACAGUUACAAAAAUUGGAGUAUUUAGUUGAACGCUUCAGGGUCCUUCAAUCAGAGCAUGAACUCAAAGGGUUUAUUACUGCAGAAACAAUGAAGACAUAUUUAAAAAAAGCGGGCUGCAAGUUCUUAGCUGUCUCCUUUUAAAUGCGUAGGUAAGACGUUGCCACAUUUUUUAUCCUGAAAUUUUAUUCACCUUAUGUUCAAAACAGGUAAUUGCGCUUUUGGGGUGAGUCUCGGCGCUUCCUAUUUGCGCUUUUGGACUACACAUUAGCGCUUUUCGGGUUUGCGCUUAUGGUCAUUUGCGCUUUUGGGUA